UCAUCUCAUUCCAUCCACACCACCACGAUGGCCCCGCUCGCCGCCCUCCUCCCAGUCCUACUAGCGCUCGGCGCGGCCGCGUCGCCAACGCUGCUAAUCACGCCGAGCGCGCCGACGCCGUCCCUCGCGCCGUGCCUCGCCGCCGCGUACCACGGCAAGUAUGGCGCCGAGCACGUCUUCCUCGCGUCCGACGCGUGCGUCGCCGAGUCUGCUGGCCUUUUGAGCGCGGGCUCGCUCGUGCCCACGCUCGAGGACGAGGUCGUCGUCUGGGUCGGCCGCGCGGGCGUCGAGGGCGCCGCGCCGUUCUCCGCCGAAGGCGUGUUCGCGCAGAUCCAGUCCGCGGGCCGCAAAUUCCUGCCGGCUCUCCUGGCGGCCGAGGACGGUACCCAGAAGGUGUUCUCCGCGCCGGCCUCCUCGGCGUCCCUCUCGCUCCUGCACGCGUCCGACAGCGCGCUCUUCCUCUCCGUCCCCCGCGCCGCGCUGCCAGUGCUGGACACGCUCCUGCCCCCGCACUACGUCCCCGUCGGCGUCGCCCCGAGCCCCGUCGCACUGGGAUGGGACGUGCCCGCCCACUAUGCCGAGCACCUCGCCAACGUGACCCGCCACCUGCGCUUCCGGCCCGACAUCGCGACCGUCGUCAACACGAUUGACGCGGACGCGAUCCGCCGCGACGUGCGCUGGCUCACGGGCGAGGCGCCGAGCGGUAUCGUCUCCAGGCAUAGCUUUACCGAGGGCGCGCGCGUCGCUGCCAAGUGGAUCAAGGAGAAGGUCGAGGCCACUGGCGCCGACUGCGAGUACUUCCCCUACCUUGAGGGCUUCUCCCCCGACGUGCUCUGCACGUACCCCUCCGACUCUAGCGAGCGGGUCAUCCUCUCGGGUCACUACGACUCACGCGGCUCGUUUGGGUCUACGCGCGCGCCUGGCGCCGACGACGACGGCAGCGGCACGUCGCACGUGCUGGCUGUUGCUGCGGGUAUCGCCGCGCACAACAUCACGUUCGACAAGAAGGUGACGCUCGCGUUCUUCUCGGGCGAGGAGCAGGGCCUGUGGGGCUCGCAUUACUGGGCCAAGCACCUUGCAUCCGAGAACGCGACCGUCGUGCUCCAGAUCCAGGCAGACAUGCUCGCGUACCGCGUCCCCGGCGAGCCGCUGCAGCUCGGCCUGCCGGCGACGAUCGAGCUGCCCGAGGCCGGCUGGCUCGUCGCCAACGUCAGCGCACUGUACGCCCCCGAGCUGGUCGUCGGCCGCACAGAGGCAUGCUGCUCCGACCACCAGAGCUUCAUCUCGUACGGCUUCCCCGCCACGCAGGUGUUUGAGCGUAACGGCUGGAUCGCAGACCCCAUGUACCACAACUCGGGCGACCUCGCCGACCGCGAGGGCUACGACUUUGACCAGAUUGCGAGCAUCGCAAAGGUGACGUUUGCGACGGUGCUCGAGGUGGCGGGGUUCAAGACGAAGUAAGCGGCAUCGAGGGCAGCCCAGUGCUGGUUGCCGCCAGACAACAGUAGAGCAGAAGUAGACGGAAC